AUCAUAAUUAAAAUCUCAGACACAUUUAUCACAAUUUCUCUAAAAUAUUAUUAUGAGAUUGUUACAGAAAACAUCAUCAUUAUCAACCCCAUUACUGCUCUUUCAAUCUCAAGUUCUUCGUUCUUUCUGCCAUUUUCAGUCAAAUCAGCAGCUGCAGCAAAAUAAAAUUACUAGGUCUUGUAGUUCCUUUGGAAUUGCGUUUGACAUUGACGGAGUAAUUCUUCGCGGCCAUGUCCCCAUUGGUGGCUCUGCUCAAGCUUUGAAGAGAUUGUAUGGAUACGAUGGGUCUUUGGAAGUUCCCUUUCUGUUCUUGACGAAUGGAGGUGGCAUUCCAGAAUCGAGACGAGCCAUGGAGUUGAGUGAAAUUCUAGGUGUAAAGAUUUUACCUUCUCAGAUUUUACAAGGUCACUCACCCUUCAAAAAUCUGUUGAAGAGAUAUGAGAAUCAACUCAUUAUUGCCACCGGAAAAGGGGAACCUGCUUUAGUAAUGUCAGAGUACGGUUUCAAAAACGUUCUUUCAUUAGAAGAGUAUGCCUCUCUAUUCGACAAUAUCGAUCCUGUAGCUCAGUACAAGAAAUGGAGUGCUCCCUCUGCAAACACGACAACAAGACGCAAUGUUUCUUCUGAAAUAGUUAAAGCAGUAUUUGUUGUCAGUGAUCCUGUAGAUUGGGGCAGGGACAUUCAGGUUCUGUGUGAUGUUUUGAGAUCUGGAGGCCUUCCUGGACAGGACAACGGUCACCAGCCUCAUCUGUAUUUUGCUGCUGAUGAUCUUGAAUAUCAGGCUGCAUUUGCUUCUCAACGUCUUGGACUGGGUGCUUUCAGAAUUGCAUUGGAGAGCAUCUUCAACAGGAUUCACCAUAAUGCUCUAGACUACACAACUUUUGGGAAACCAAAUCCAUUUGUAUUCAACAAUGCUGAAGCUGUGUUAAGCCAGCUUCAAAAGUCCUGUCGAUCCGAACCUAAUUUCAAGAAAUGCGGAGGCCCUGAAUCCCCUCCUUUGAAAACCCUUUAUAUGAUCGGCGAUAAUCCUUUAGUCGAUAUCAAAGGUGCACAACAGGCAGGCCAUCCUUGGUUUUCCAUCUUGACACGAACCGGCGUUUUCCGAGGGGAACAUAACCAUGCAGAGUUUCCUGCAGAUCUGGUGGUUGAUACUGUUGAAGAGGCAGUUGAUUAUAUUCUGCAAAGGGAGUGCAUUUCUUAGUACUAACAUGACUGCCGCAUUGUUCUUAAUCUAUUGAUUUGAAUUGAGUAGUAGUUUUUUGAAUGACAUUGUGUCAAAAAAAAGAACUACGUUGGUAAUGUGUUCAAACCGUACUCAUAUAUGCAGCUGUUUAAAUUUUUGGGUCA